AUGGCAGAGUCAUAUCCUGGAAGGUGUGAUUGUUCAAAGGUUCAAAGAAGAGAUGUUCAUGAAGAUUUUAGAAGUGUCAUUACCCGCAGACGGGACUAUAAUGCACAGCUUUUUCUUUUACAGGAAUGUUCAAUCAGCAUGGGAACAGCGAUCACUAGACAGGGAAGUCUCAUCCUUCUUGAUGGAAACGGGAGUGAAAUCUGGUCUUCCAACUCAUCAAUACCCUCACGUUAUCCAGUUGCUCAGCUUCUGGACUCAGGGAAUCUUGUUGUGAGAGACUUAGGCAAUACCGGUUCUGAUAAUUUCCUAUCGCAGAGUUUUGACUAUCCAACUGAUACUUUUCUGGCGGGGAUGAAGUUAGGGAGGAACAGAAUUACGGGCUUUGAUCGUUAUCUGACAUCUUGGAAGAGUGUAGAUGAUCCUUCUCCAGGUAAUUUCUCAUACCGACUUGACCCGAAUGGGUUUCCCCAGAUACUUCUGAAGCAGGGCUCCACUGUCAAGUCUAGGUUAGGACCGUGGAUUGGUGUCCGAAAUGAUGGAGUGCCUAAUUUGAACCCAAAUCUGAAGUACACAUAUGAAUUUGUUCUGACUGAGCAGAAGAUGUACUGCCACUACCAAUUCCUCAACAGGUCAGUGAUAUCCCGUUUGUACUUGAAUCCAGAUGGUGUUGUGCAGCGCUUCACAUGGGUCGACCAAACACAGAAUUGGGUUCUAUAUCUUGUUGGACCAUCAGAUGAUUGUGACCUUUACACAUAUUGUGGAGCCUAUGCUAGCUGCAACAUCAGUAUGUCCCCGGUGUGCAAAUGCUUGAAUGGAUUUUUACCAAAAGUCCAACAAAAUUGGAGUUCAUUGAACCGGAUUGGUUGUGUUAGGAUAAACGCUUUGGACUGUAAAAGAGACAUAUUCAGAAAGUAUUCUGGUUUGAAGUUGCCAGACACACGGAGCUCCUGGUUUGACAGGAGCAUGGAUCUUCAAGAAUGUGGAGAAAUUUGCAAAAGGAACUGUUCUUGUACGGGAUACUCUAAUCUAGAUCCUGAAGGUGGAGGAAAGGGAUGUUUGCUGUGGUUUGGGGACUUGACUGAUAUUAGAGAAUACGAUGAACGUGGGCAAGACAUCUAUGUUAGGAUGUUUGAUCUGGAUCCAGGUCACUCAAGCAAGAAGAAGGGGAAGCUGAUCUUAGGCUUGAUAUCUGGAACAUUGCUGCUAUUCCUAAGUCUCAGUCUGAUGGUGUAUGUUCAGAAAAAGAAGGCCGUGAUGAAGCACCUGCAAAUUAGACUUUCUAACUCAGUUUUCUCUGGUAAAUUUUUUAAUGAUGAUUAACUUUUCUCUGGUAAUGUGUAAACUGUUGCUCAAUGCUUUCUGCUAGCUUUCGAAUGGCUAUGAUGCAGGACAAUGAUACCUACGAAGUCCUUCACUAGAAUAUUACUGAUUUCAAACU